GUUUCUCGGUUUUUUCUAUUGUAACCCGCCAGUUCCUUUUUUCAUUUGCUUCGCUCAAAAUCAGGUCGAAUCCUUUUUCAUUGUUUUUACAUUUUUCAAACAGCAUUUGCCAACACUUUUACUAUAUUUUAAAGUCCAUAGUUGUAAUCCAACACCCCAAAUUUCUUUAUUAUUAAAAUGUUCCUUACCCGUUCCGAGUACGAUCGUGGCGUCAACACAUUCUCGCCCGAGGGCCGGCUUUUCCAAGUCGAGUACGCCAUUGAGGCGAUCAAGCUGGGCUCAACAGCCAUUGGAAUCCGAACCGACUCUGGUGUCAUCCUGGCAGUCGAAAAGCGCGUAACCAGCCCGCUUCUCGUAGCAGACUCGAUUGAAAAAAUCCUCGAAAUCGACACGCACGUCGCCUGCGCCAUGUCUGGCCACACGGCAGACUCCCGCACAAUGAUCGAGCAUGCGCGGGUUGAAGCCCAGAGCCAUACUUUCACCUACGAGGAGCCCAUCCCCGUGGAGAGUGUCACACAGGCUGUUUGUGAUUUGGCACUGCGGUUCGGUGAGGGUGCUGAUGGACAGGCAUCCUCGAUGAGUCGUCCGUUUGGUGUUGCUCUUUUGAUCGCUGGUGUGGAUGAGAGGGGCCCGCAGUUGUUUCACACUGAUCCGUCGGGAACUUUCUUGAGAUACGAGGCUAAGGCUAUUGGUGCUGGUUCGGAGGGCGCCCAGACGGAGUUGCAGGAGCAGUAUCAUCGGGAUAUUUCCUUGGAGGAUGCUGAGGUGUUGGCGCUCAAGGUGCUGAAGCAGGUUAUGGAGGAGAAGCUCAGCAACACCAACGUACAGUUGGCCAAGGUUACGCUUGAGAAGGGGUUCCAGAUUUAUUCCGAGAGCGAGCUGCAGAGCGUCAUCUCAAGGAUGUAAAGAUGUAAUUUUCUGAGCUCAUUUUUCCUUUUUUUUCCAUAUUUAAACAUUUUCCUCCUAUUUUGCUUAUAAGAGAUAUUUCAAGGCAACAUUUUUACUUGCUCCCAGUCGUUAGGAUAUAUAUAUACACAUUAGCUGG